AUGCCAGACGUAGACCUACCAUCGGCUGUGGACCCCACUCACCACCUUCCUCUCCAAUUCCUUCCAUCCGACCCAACUCCUCCCGCCCCGACCCGAUCCGAUCCACCCGGAUGCACCCUCGACUGGCUGCCGGACUUUCUAGACCUCUCAUGGGUCGCCUACGGAGCCUCCUCGCUCCUAGUGAUCUCCCACUUCCCCUCCCCACUCUCCGACGCCGAAACUGUAAUAGGACCCAUUUUCCGUCAAAUCUUCGAGCUCUCCGGCGACCCCUCGUCGGCAGUCGAAGCCGUCUCUUGGUCCCCGUCCACGCCCUCGAUCGGUGAGCUAGCUGCCGCGGCUGAGAAUUGCGUUUGGGUGUUCUCGCAUGAUUCGGCCAGGUCCAAAGGUGCGUGA